AUGCGAACUGGACCGCAGAUUAGCGCGGCAGCAGUCACGAAGUGGACCUGCUGGCAACGCCAGCGCCAGCUGGAGCGCAUGGCCGUGUGGAUUGUAGCGAGUCUUGCCGCACCUGGAGCGAAACAGGUACGUGAGGCUCGGUAUGAGCACCGGCUGCGCUUCUCGACCGAAGCGGUGCCGCUUUGGAAACUCACCAUGUUGUUGGUGCGCCUUUAUCACAGCAGCUGGCACGCGGGAUCGCGUGAAAGCACUUACUUGCGAGAGCUCUUCUAUCGGCUCGUUCCUGUUUUCGAUAGCCAGCAGGAAUUGACGCAAUACCUGGAUCGUUUACUUGCCGCUGCACGAAUCUCUCGUUUCUCAUUGGGUAUCAUUGCCGAGUCACGCGGAUGGGUGUUUUUCGGUAGCGGGAUCCAGCUGCAAAAACGGUCUAUCGAAAACGAGCGACCUCGAUAUGUUCAAUCAGAAGCCGCCAAUGCAAGGCUGUGCACGCCCCAUCGCGGUCUCAUGCCGAUUCCAGAUGACAUCGUGCUGGACCCUGGGGCGUAUCAGCUGGUGGUGGAGCCCCGCCAAGAUCUAGUUGUCGUCAUCCUCAUCGUGGAAAAGUUCGGCGUAUUCCGCUGUCUCGUGGAUGAAGGAUUUGCCUCGAUCCUGCCGGUACUCACGAUCCUUGUCACUGGCGGGGGCCAGCCGUCGCUGGCAACGCGUGCACUGGUGGCCCAGAUAGCGCGAUGCUUGGAAGCGCACCAUGCUGCUUUUAGGAGCACGAACGCCCCGCAUACGUAUCCCCGGUUCGACAUCUACGUCAUCACAGACUACGAUCCAUACGGCCUCUGCAUUGCUCGCCAGUAUCGCCGAUCUCUGGCUGCAGCGCUGCCGCAGUUCACUGCUGAUUCGAAGUUCACCCGUCUGCCACGCUGGAUAGGCCCACGCGCCUGCCACCUAUUCCGAGCCCGAUCAAGUCGUGCGAACUGCGAGUUACUCCGCGCCAAGUCCGAGGCAGACCAAUCUCCACUCAUGCGCGGUCCGAUGCCAUCCCAGCGGGCACUGGUACUCGCACGAAACAUCUUUGCCGAGGCAGUCCUUCAGGGCGAUUCGCUCGUUGCCGAGGAGCUGCACAACAUGAUUGGCUCGCAGCUGUAUACCGAUCCAUCGAUGCUGAAACUGGCCAGGAACCUGCCCUGGAUUGACGGUUGCCCCGGUGCCGCUGGGGAUGGUAUCGGUACCCAUGACUUGCAUACCCUGGUGCUGCUCCUGGGACCAGGGGGUUUCGCGCGUGAUUUUUUGCCGCGCUUGAUCCUGGAAACGAGGCAGGAAGAGCUUAGAAAAUCACUUGGGCUAUGA